CUAUUUUUAUUUGUUCUCCCCGCUUUAAUUGGAUUUGCCACAAAUUGCGCCCUGUGGGUAUUUCCCUAUCUCUGCUAUGCUAUAGUCCGUGCACACACACACACUGUACGCGGGGCACUUGUUGAUUAAUUUGGCCCUUCCCCUUUUCUUGGGCUAUGCAGACAAAGCAAGAGUGUGUUAAUUAGUCACCGUUUCCCACAAACCAUCAUCAUAAAACAUGACUUCAACUACAUCAUCAUCACAACGUAAAGGAUCAACAGCAUCAAAUCAUACAACUUCAAUAUCAGAAGAUGGACAAAAAGACAUAAACAGACAAACAUUUACACCUUUUGGAGCUUCAUUCCCUUCUCGUAGAAGUUCAACACCGGCUGCUUCUUUUAUUCCUCCAAGAUUUUGGCAAGCAGCUGGAUAUACACAAAAUGCAUCUUCACAAAAUGAACAAACGACAGCAUCUCCACCAACACCACAACAAACGCCGUUCCUACAGCGUGCCUCUACUUCUAGCGCUACAUUAACAUCCGGUAAUAAACUUCAACAAUCCAAUUCACAUUCAGGUGAAACCCAUCAGCACAGUAGUGGAUCACCGAUGCAACAACAUGGAUUUAUGGGUUUACCUAGGAGGACUUCAUUUGGAACGGUAUUGGGCGGUAAUCGAUUAACUGCAUUUACAGCUUUAGGAAUGGGAUCAGGAGCGAAUCAAGGCAAUAAUCCAAACAGGACUUCACAACCGAGUAAUACCAGUACAGAUUCUGUCAAUUCUGUGGGCCUUAAAUCAAAGUCAAGCUUUGGAACCUUGCCUGGCUUGCAAGAAUCAGCCAUUUCGACAAGCACAGAUUCUACGCCUGCUCCGAGUAUGCCUUCUUCUCCCGUACAAAAACCACAAAAAACUCGAACGGUAUAUUUACCAGGACCAGAUGGAAUUUGUGUUGAAAGUCGUUCAAGACGUAGGUCAGAAGCCUAACGUACACGUUUAACACUUUUCCAUUCUCGUUGUUUAGCACUUUGUACAAUACACAAUUCAGAUACACCUUCUUCAUUCUCUAUCAAUUCCAUGUAUUAUUGCAUCAGUACGUGUUAAGAAAUCGGUGCAAAGAAAACACGAUGAAGAGGUAAGACAAGUAUUAUUCCAAAAGAAAGGCGGCAGGAGGAAUUUUCAUUGAUAGACAGAGCAUCGAA